AUGCUAGAGGCCAUCGGCGUGGCCGAAUUGGAAGACCUGUUUGCCGACAUCCCCGCCGACUACCGCAAUCCGACGCUGGACCUGCCAGGCCCCCUGUCGGAACUGGAACUACGACGCGAGAUGGAUGCCUACGCCUCUCGUAACCGUCACGCUGGGGAGUAUGCCUGCUUCCUAGAAAUCAGCCAAGGGACGCUGCAGGCUACCUACGAGUUUCAGUCGAUGAUUUGCAGUAUCUACGACAUGGAGGUGGCCAACGCUGGCCUCUAUGACGGGGCCAGCGCCUUGGCCGAGGCUGCCCUGAUGGCCUGUCGCGUCACGGGACGCAGCCUGAUAGGCGUCUGCAACACCAUCUCGCCAGCCUAUCGAGAGGUGCUGGAGACCUACUGUGUGCCCCAAGGUCUGGAAAUCGCCACAGUGGACCCCGAGGCGACGGAGCUGCACCCGCAGACGGCUUGUCUCGUGUCCCAGUACCCCAACUUCUUUGGGUACCUCGAAGACUUGGAGCGGUACCGGCAUAUGUCCGACGCUGUCAGGGCCUUGAUGGUGGUAUCCUCCGACCCGGUGGCAAUGGCCAUGCUACGGCCUCCGGGCAGCUUCGGGGCUGACAUGGUGACUGGCGAGGGUCAAAGCCCUCGGCUACCGUUGAGCUUUGGCGGCCCCUACGUCGGCCUCUUCUCCACCCGCCAAGCCCUGCUGCGACAGAUGCCUGGUCGCUUGGCUGGGGGCACCACUGACAGGGACGGGCGACCGGGCUUCGUUCUGACCCUAAGCACCCGCGAGCAACAUAUCCGGCGCGAGCGGGCCACCAGCAACAUCUGCACCAACCAAGCCCUGAUGGCUCUAGCCGCUACAAUCUACACCGCGGCCUUGGGCAAGCGGGGACUGCGCCAGGUUGCGGAGCAGGCCUACCACAAGGCCCACUACGCCGCGGGGAGCAUCGCCUCGCUCCCGGGCUAUGGCCUGCCUCUGAAGGGGACCUUCGCCUUCGAGUUCCCCAUCACCUGCCCAGCCCCCGCCAGCGAGAUCAACGCUCACCUGCUGGAGCACGGCAUCAUCGGCGGCCUCGACAUCGGCAACAGCUUCCCCAACGGGAUGCUUCUCUGCGUCACCGAGGUCAACACCCGGGAGGAAAUCGACUCUUUGGUAGACGCACUGGCAGAGUUCAAGCCCCCAAGAGAGCUUCCCGAUGCCUCGCUGCUGCGGGAAGACCUGCAACUGCCUGAAGUAACCGAGCCCCAAGUGGUGCGGUACUUCACCCUGCUGAGCCAGCGGAACUUCGGGAUCGACACCCACUUCUAUCCGCUGGGCAGUUGCAGCAUGAAGUACAACCCCAAGGUCAACGACGAGAUAGCGUUCCUGCCCGGGAUGGCGCGGAUACAUCCAUCCCAGACCGACGACACGGUGCAGGGCGCCUUGGCCAUGAUGCACCGGCUUCAGACCUUCCUCGCCGAAAUCACCGGCAUGACAGGCGUCAGCCUCGCCCCGCUGGCGGGCGCCCACGGCGAACUGGCCGGCAUGCUGAUGGUACGCGCCUGCCUACGAGACCGCGGCGAGAACCAGCGAAAGAUCGUGGCGAUACCCGACAGCGCCCAUGGCACCAACCCUGCUUCGGCGGCUAUGGCCGGUUUCGACGUGGUCAGCGUCGCCUCCGACAGCGACGGCAACAUGGAUGUUCGCGCAUUGGAAGAUGUGGCAGACGACCGACUCGCUGCGGUGAUGCUGACCCUGCCCAACACGCUGGGCCUGUUCGACACUAAUAUCCUAGAGCUCUGCCAGACGGUGCACAAAGCGGGCGGGCUGGUGUACGGCGACGGGGCGAACAUGAAUGCCUUGCUGGGCCGGGCUAAGCCUGCCCACCUCGGGUUCGACGUCGUACAUCUCAACCUGCACAAGACCUUCAGCACGCCCCAUGGCGGUGGCGGUCCCGGCGCGGGGCCGGUGCGUAAGCUGAGCGGACACCAUGGCAACUUUGGCGUCUUGGUGCGCGCUUAUUCCUACAUACGGACUCUAGGCAACACGGGGCUGAAGCAGGUUUCGGGCGACGCUGUACUCCACGCGAACUACCUGCUAGCCUGCUUGCGAGACACCUUCGACCUGCCCUACGACCGCACCUGCAUGCACGAGGUGAUAUUCUCGGCUAGAGCCCAAGCACCCGCUGGUGUGAAGGGGCUGGAUAUCGCCAAACGACUCUUGGACUACGGCUUCCACGCUCCCACCAUGUACUUCCCCCUGAUUGUGCAUGAAGCGCUGAUGAUCGAGCCUACCGAGACGGAGACCAAGGAGACCCUAGACGCCUUUAUCGACGCCAUGAAGGCCAUCGCCGGAGAGGUCGAAGACGACCCUUCAUUGGUGAAGAUGGCCCCGCACAACACGCCCGUUUCCCGGUUGGACGAGGCCACGGCGUCGCGACGUCCCAACCUGCGCUGGCACGCCCCCUAG